CCUAUAUAUAUUAAAAACCCACACAUCAAUUACCUUCUGGAAUCACCCCCCUCCCACCUUCCUCCUCAAAAAUCCUCUCUUUAUCCGAUCUCCCCAUCUAAUCACUAAUUGAUUAUCAAUUAUCAAUAAUCGAGGCCCGUCUUCUUUCCCAUCAUCAUCAUUAUCAGGCUCAUGGCCAAGCAACUCCUCCACCUCCACUAGCAACAGCCGGCAAUACAACACUCAACUCUGAGAAAAACAAAAAACACUCGUACCCACAUGGAGCAAUGAAAGUUGGAGGAGCCUUCAACUAUGCGAACGCUUUGCGACGCUUGUGAGAGCGCUGCCGCCAUCGUAUUCUGCGCCGCCGACGAGGCCGCGCUCUGCCGUGCCUGCGAUGAAAAGGUUCACAUGUGCAAUAAGCUAGCUAGCCGGCAUAUCCGGGUUGGCCUUGCUAGUCCAAGUGAUGUGCCACGCUGUGACAUUUGUGAGAAUGAACCUGCUUUCUUUUAUUGCGAGACAGAUGGAACUUCUCUGUGUUUGCAAUGUGACAUGAUAGUUCAUGUCGGAGGUAAAAGAACACACGGGAGAUACCUUCUUUUCAGGCAGCGGGUUGAAUUUCCAGGAGAUAAACCUGGUCACGCAGAAACCUCGGCUUCACAGUCUCUGGACGCGGUUGAGACCAAACGAGGCCAAAAUUCAUUGCUCAAAAUAAAAAUGGGAGAGAAACAACAAAAUCACAGGAUGCCAACCCCAGAACAUGAUGCUGAUGGGUAUGCCAAGAUGGAUGCUAAAAUGAUUGAUCUGAACAUGAAGCCUCAAAGAAUACACGAACACGGGUCAAAUAAUCAGCCAUAAAGAAUGCGACCGGCAUACUGCAGUUGACAGGAUCUUAACCUUUAUAUCCAUGGAGACCAAAAAGCAUCAGAUACUUCUCAGGCAUGCUAGCUACGGUGUUGGCAUAAUGUUUUCACAUCCUGACUCAGUAAAUGAGGUGUUGGGGCGUCAAGCCGAGCGGUCUGUAAGAAUUCAAUUCGAUAGCUCAACACCAUCAUAUCUGUAAUUCAAAGCCCCAUUAACUGUAAUCCCCUGCAGGGAAAUUGUAUGGUAACUUUUGUUUCUGAUCUGUAACUUGUGCAUUUCACUACAUAACAUGCUGCCCUCCUAAUCCGUUUGGUCCCGGGGAAUUGAAUAUUUCAAACACUUGAAAACUUAUAAGAUAUUUAGAUAUAAUAAUUAUGAAGAUCUUAAAA